AUUUUCCUGAUCUAAUCAUAAGCUGUGAACUUUUCAAAGAGUUAAAAAAUGGUAGUAAUGAUGAUAUCUUCUACAAGAAGUCAUCACUACACAAUGCAAAACAAGAUCUGUUUGUGUACGUGGUUGCAUGGAAUGGUGAGGGUGAAUAAUGGUUCUAGGGUUUUCGACGUGAAUCCCAAGAAAUCAUCACCACUCUACAAGGGAGUUCAUGUCAAUGGAGGUUCUCUGGGUGGUGUGAAGAUCAAUGCAAUUGCUACUGAUAGCUUGAACGUGAAUAAUAUUAGUGGUGGGUUCAAGGGCUUUGUUGAAGAAGAAAGGAGGAUAAAGUUGAGUCCAGAUUUGAGUGUUCUGCUUGCAGCUAUUGCCAUUGUGAUUCAGGCAGCUGACAAGCAGUGGACCAAAUCAUAUUGGAAUAGGAGGAAGGCAAACAUGUUUGAUCAACUUUUCAGAGUGGGGAGGUUUCUGGAAGACAGCUUAGUGUUCAGGCAGAGUUUUGCUAUAAGAUCAUAUGAGGUUGGCCCAGAUAAAACAGCCUCAAUUGAAACCUUGAUGAGCCAUCUUCAGGAAACAGCCCUGAACUGUGUUUGGCUCUGUGGGGUAGCAGGAGAUGGGUUUGGUAGCACCCGUGAGAUGAGUCGAAGAAAUCUUAUAUGGGUUGUUGCUCGUACUCAAAUUCAAGUGGAAUGUUAUCCCUCAUGGGGCGAUAUUGUGCACAUAGAUACAUGUGUGGAUGCAUCAGGUAAAAAUGGUAUUCGAUGGGAUUGGAUUGUUCGUGACAUAAAGACAAAUGUUGUUCUUACACGGGCAACUAGCACUUGGGUAAUGAUGAAUAAAAAAACAAGGAAAUUUUCAAAGAUUCCAAAUGAAGUGAGAGAGGAAAUCCAACCUUAUUUCACUAAGAGACAAAUGAUUGGAGAUGAAGAUAAUCAAAAGAUAAUCAAGCUUGAGGAUAGUACUACUUCAUACAUCUGUUCAAAUUUAAUGCCACGUUGGAGCGAUUUAGAUGCAAAUCAACAUGUCAACAAUAUUAAAUAUAUUAGUUGGAUUUUGGAGAGCAUGCCUAUCUCUAUUCUACAAGAUAAUGAACUUGCUAGUAUAACUUUAGAGUAUAGGCGUGAAUGCAUGCUAUCACAUACUCUUCAAUCAUUAUCAUGUCUACAAGCUUACAAUGUGAUGGAUUCUACAUGGCACACAUGUGUAGAUGAGCCUCCAGUCACUUGUGAAUCCUCUCCUACACUACAUUUUGUGCAUUUGCUUCGAUUGCAAGAUAAUGGAUUAGAACUUCUUAGGGCAAGGACAAAAUGGAGGCUGAAGAGAGCUAAAAACGUCUUACACCAACUAGAGUAGUGUUAAAAUAAUAUAUUUUUUAUAGUUUAUAGGCUAUAGAAGUAAAGUAAAUGUAAACCAAAACAAGUAAAUACUAUAAAAAAAAAUAGAUAUUACUUUUGGGUGAUUAGGGUAGUAGAUACUUGGAGUUGGUUAUGAGGUUGUAACUUUUGCAUAUGUAUUCUAUAUGUCAACUUUUGUAUGAAAAAAAUAUUCAUAAGUAAAUCCUUAAUUUUGAGGGGCUUAAGCAUC